CGAUAAGAGAGAAAAAACCCAAGCCACCCACCAAUCAAUCACUCUCCUUCCCAAAUCCACAUCUCUCGCUCUCCCUCUCAUUUCUCCCAUAUACACCUCAAACUCACUUCUCUACUCUCUCCUCCAUCACACACCUCACUCUCCUUCCAUCAAUGGCUUCUGCAGCUACACCCAGCGGCUUCUCCCUCCUCCGCCAAUCCACCUCUACCUCCACUUCCCGCACUCGCUCUUCUCUCGUUCAACUCUCACCCUCUUCACUUCGCCUCCGCCCCACCACACUCCGUCGCCUCGGGUUCACCGCAGCAGACCCUCUACUGGCUCUGACCGUCGCCUCCAGAGUCCGCUCUAUUGGCUCCGGCAAUGGGGUCAGGGGAGUUGUCUCCAUGGCCAAGAAGAGCGUUGGGGAUUUGGGCCCAGCUGACUUGAAGGGAAAGAAGGUUUUUGUGAGGGCUGACUUGAAUGUGCCUUUGGAUGAUAACCAGAACAUCACUGAUGAUACCAGGAUUCGUGCAGCCAUUCCUACCAUCAAGUAUUUGAUUCAGAAUGGCGCCAAGGUCAUUCUUUCCAGCCAUUUGGGACGACCAAAAGGUGUGACUCCAAAGUUCAGCUUGAGUCCUCUUGUUCCUCGUCUUUCUGAACUCCUUGGCAUUCAGGUUGUGAAAGCUGAUGACUCCAUUGGCCCUGAAGUAGAGAAGUUGGUGGCUUCACUUCCUGAUGGUGGUGUUCUGCUUCUUGAAAAUGUGAGGUUUUACAAGGAGGAAGAGAAGAAUGAUCCUGAACAUGCCAAAAAGCUUGCCUCAUUGGCAGAUAUUUAUGUCAACGAUGCGUUCGGAACUGCUCACAGAGCUCAUGCCUCAACUGAAGGUGUUACAAAAUACUUGAAGCCAUCUGUGGCUGGUUUUCUCUUACAGAAGGAACUUGACUAUCUUGUUGGGGCAGUAUCAAACCCGAAGAGGCCGUUCGCUGCCAUUGUUGGUGGUUCAAAGGUCUCAUCCAAGAUUGGAGUUAUUGAGUCACUGCUAGAGAAGGUUGACAUCCUACUUCUGGGUGGUGGAAUGAUCUUUACAUUUUACAAGGCACAGGGUCUCACAGUAGGUUCAUCUCUGGUCGAGGAAGACAAACUAGAUUUGGCGACAUCACUCCUUGAGAAGGCCAAAGCCAAAGGCGUGUCUCUUUUGUUACCCUCUGAUGUGGUGAUUGCAGACAAGUUCGCUCCUGAUGCAAACAGCAAGGUUGUACCAUCAUCUGCCAUUCCCGACGGUUGGAUGGGAUUGGAUAUUGGUCCAGACUCUAUCAAGACAUUCAAUGAGGCACUUGACACUACUCAAACCAUCAUUUGGAAUGGACCAAUGGGUGUUUUCGAAUUCGAAAAGUUUGCAGCUGGAACUGAGUCUGUUGCAAAGAAGCUAGCAGAUCUUAGCGGAAAGGGAGUAACUACAAUUAUUGGAGGAGGAGACUCGGUUGCGGCCGUAGAGAAAGUAGGAGUUGCCAGUGUGAUGAGCCACAUUUCAACCGGUGGCGGUGCCAGUUUGGAGUUGUUGGAAGGGAAAGAACUCCCCGGAGUGCUUGCUCUCGACGAGGCCAUACCGGUUGCUGUGUGAGAACCAUCUUAAUUUAAUUCACUUCCCCUUUUUCCCCUUUUAAUUCUUGAAUGUUUUAUCUGAGUUUGUAAACAAAAAAAUGUGGUAGGGAGAUUUGUUGAUGUUGUUGUAAAUGUUCAUUGUUGCCUAAGGUCUCAUUCUCUUCUACCUCGCUUCCUACUAUAUAUUAAAAAAAGAAGAAGAAAUAACUACCACUACAAGAGACUGUAGAGUUACGAGGAGAGUUAUUCAAUCUAAUAAAGUGAUAUUUUUGU